AUGGCGGCUGUGCAAGACAACGUUAUUGUGAUCAUGAAUGAUGGCCAUUAUCAAUCGGAAAUGACCAAGGCUGGGGCCAAACUAGUUGUUGUAGACUUUACAGCAUCUUGGUGAGUUACUGUUGUGAAAUUAAUUGACCAGAUAUAAAUAUGCAUUUCAGGAUCGGGUGGUCGUUGCAAUUAUUAUUCAUAGAACACCACUGGAACCACAGGUUUUUUUUUUGUAUUCUAACAAAAUUCGGACACCCUCUUCACGGUGAAACUUUCCUAGGUGUUGAUGAAGUGUUCUUUUUUCAAUUAGUGAAAGAAAUUUUGCUAUUGGAGCUUUAAAAUGUGCUUUUAAUACAUGUAUGUGCAAAUCGGUUACACGCUUUCGCAGAACUUUUUCUAGACAUGACUCAGCGGAAUAUAAAAGGUCUCCGAUUUCGCUGAAGUCUGCACACGUUUUGUCCUGGUAUAGAAACUUAACACUUGACUUCACUGAUUUUCAUUGUUUUUGUUUUUGUUUUUUUUUUCCAGAAUUUAUUUGCAAUCAUAAUAAUGUAUUUGAAAAUAUUUAUUCCUAUAAAAUCGUAUUCAGUUUAUUUUUGAAUAAAUGCCUGUACCCCAAUGAUAAUUUAUAAAAAAUGGCCAGGCUUAAAAGCAAAGCUGUCAAUAACCCUUUUUGCGUUUUUUGGUGGCAGUGAUUCUAGGCUAAUGGAUGAAAACCGUUGCAAAAAAAAAAUGGCCAGGCUUAAAAGCAAAGCCGUCAAUAAGCCUCUUUGUGUUUAUUGGUGGCAGUGAUUCAAGGCUAAUGGAUGAAAACUAUUGCAAUUGCUUAAUAUUAGACCACCAGGCAAAAACUUAAAACAAAACCUGCUAAAAACAAAAAGAUGACAACACCACAUCUACUAACUUGGCCAAACUUAUUUGAAAUAAGUUACUGGGAUGUUAAAUUAAGACACGUGGUACUACAAGUAAUGAUAUUAUUCAGACAUCCAAUCUCCCUUCGGUUCCCCUCCUUAAUACCCACUGCUUGUCCUCCCAUGUUCCAUAAUUCAUUACCAUUAGUUUGUCUUUAACAGUAAGUAUGUGCUGCUCUUGCUCUCUCUUCUCACUGCCAAUAUCCUUGUUUCCUAUAGGUGUGGGCCUUGCAAGUCAAUUGCUCCAAAAUUUGCCAGUUUGAGUGUAAAGUAUCCAAGUGCUGUGUUUCUAAAAGUUGACGUUGAUAAAUGUGAGGUUGGUACAGUUUGCUAUAUUGUUAUUUGUAUUCCUAGAUCAUGGCUAUUAGCAUAAAUAUUUGCCAGUCUUAAACGAUGAAACUUGCUUUAGUUUUUUCAUGGCUUUUUUGCAGUGAACUUUUCAUUUCCAGUAAUUCACAAGAAAAACAAACAAAUCAGCUAUUUACAUGCGAAAAUGCACAAGAAAAUACACGCAAUUAGGAAAAUUUGCAUGUAAAAUUUUACACGCGGAUUAUCAUAAUUUGCGUGUAUUUGAUUUACGUGGGUUCUUACAUUGCUGGCUGAGCGAGUGCAGUUGUACACUUGUGUGGGUGGCUUUGUUAGCGUAUACAUUGUAUCAAACUUUCGAGACACGUUCAAAUGUUAGUAUUAAGUUAUCUGAGCUAAAAGUGAUCCAAGUUUUUAGACCGAAUGAGCAUUGUUUUUAAAUAUUUACAUGUACUUCACUUGAAUCUUCAUUUGUAGACUUCGCAGAGAUUAUAAAAGGUUUCAACUAAAAUCAGUUUUAGUUAUCAAUUCACAACUAUUUUGAUAGACCAAGUACUCUGUAAUGUGACGCUGUAAGUUACGUCACUGUUUUGGUGAUAGGUUGCUUCUACAUGUAUUUUGUUAACAGCAUUCAUCUCCUACAUGUACUUUUGCUUAGCUUGCUAAUUUGAGUUAUUUUCUUUUGCAAUGCCGGCGUCACUCAGUUGUGUCGCAAAGCAAACAAUCUGGCGUUACUGCAAGAACUAAUUUUAGGUCUCGGGUUUUAGUUUUACCUGCCAAGGAAAGGUUUUCUUUUAAGGUCUUCAAUUUCACUUUGUUUUCUGCAAAGAGUGUUUAUAUCUUUAUCAAGAGCAAACAAAAUGACACGCUGCAUUUUUAUCAUUUACACAAGCUUCUAUUUCCAGAAAACGCAAGAAAUCAAACUUCUUCAAACGAUUGUUGUAACAGACAGCUUGUCACAAACAACAUGAAAAUUUGGAGUGAAACUGUAUCCAAGUUUAGUAAUGCAUUGUAAUUUUUAAGCAACAACUAAGGACAUAUUGUGAAGCUCGAAGCUAAUUCAAUGUUAGAAUAAAGGCAGAUGUAAAACAGAAACCUUGUCUGUAAAAUUUAGUGCCAGUCGCGCAAAAGCAAACCUUCUAUUCAUCCUGAUUGCUCAAACUCUCACUAACUGACUGCUAACUGGAACAUUUCUCUUACUCAAGUCGAUUUCUCCUGGAAUUCCUUCACACAGUUACUGUAAUUUUAUCCUCGCUAACUUGAAGUAAUUUUUUUUUCCCUUCAGAUCACUUCCCUAUAAUUUUAACCUCGAUAGCUCAAACCAUGUUUUAAGCGUAUAGCAAGUCUAAAAAAACAGUGUACUGAAGUCCAAAACAUUGAACUUAUUUCAAAACAACAUUCGGCAUGGCAAGUAACAUGCAUCCAAAUUAACAUGUAAAAUAGCGUAUUGUAAUUUGAAACCCCACUUCAGCCAACAGCCAAGGAAUUUACAUUGCAUGAAUCGUUGAUUUACAAAACAUGACAUUUGUAGUAAGAAAAAGUGUAUUGUAAGUUGUUUUCUUUUUCACCGCGAAAAGACGUUUUUCCACAAUGUGAUCAGCCAUAUUUGCUGUUGUAAAGAAAUACACACAGCUUGCAUGUAUUUUUACAAGCAAAAUCAGUCACUGUAAAAAUACAUGCAAAUUUGCGUGUAAGACGUUUGCGUGAAAGAGCUUGUGUAAAAAUUUACACCAGAGUUUUUUUGCAUGGAUUUUGCGUGGAAAUACGCCAUAUUGCAUGCAAUUUAUACGCGUGUAAGUGCUGCAAUGCCCGUGGCCUGUACUGUAUAAGCUCUCGCUGUUGUUUCCAAGGGAAAGAGGUUUUUAGUUUCUGGGUGAAAGCUUGAUGAGGUGCCUGGACACUAGAUAUUACAAUGUAGUUACUUGUUGUAAGAAAACUUUCAUAACUUUCCAGAAAGUUGCAGAAAGCAGCAGUUCUUCAUGUAGUUUCAAGAAAAUUAAGUGUACUACUUUUGAAAGAAAAUUCAGAAAUUUUCCUUGCUAGAGGUUAUAGUGUUUACAAGUGAAAGUGGCCAGAAACUGGUAAAAUUACUGUUCUCAUGUUUUUGUUGUGUAGUAGCCCAGUUAGUUUUUUUAAGGCUUCUCUGGCAGAAAUGAAUUUUAUAAAAGUGUACAUGUAUAUGAUAUUGGUUCUGUUACUUUCACAGGACAUAGCGCUUGCAAACAAUGUGUCUGCCAUGCCCACUUUCAAGUUUUUCAAAGGAAAAGUAAAGGUGGAUGAAAUGACUGGAGCUGAUGAAAAGAAACUUGAAGAGAAAAUUAAAAAGUGGAUUGGAGAUGAAAGUAAUGAUGUUGGAGUGAAGGGACAUGUAAGUGCUGUAUACAGUUGCCUUGUGCUGCUUAUAGAUCCCUCAUAAUUAAUUUCCACCACUUUUUUUAACAUUAUUGCAAAUUUAAAGAUCAAUUUACAGCAAAUUUAUUAACAGUGAAUGGUUAUGAUACCAUAAGCUGAGGCUUACAUGUACAAGCCCUGGGCUUAUUCAGCUGUACAUCUUCGUAAGGGGUUACGCUAACAUUACAUAAUUUACGUUACAUAAUUUUGCAAAUUUAUUUUUUGUGAUGUCAUCACUUUCUUUUCUUUAAUUUCAUUUCUCAUUUCCUUUCCUCUAUAUCAUUCAUGAUUAGGGUUAGAAGAGAAAGACAAAGGAAAUUGAAAAUAAAAAUUCUUUUAAACGAUUACAUGUAUUUAAAAUUUAAACUGGUUCAAAAAAAAUGAAACCAAAAAAAAUUGAACCAUAACAGAUACAUUUACUUGUUUUUGCUCCAGUACACAACAAACUGUUUAUAAACAUUGCAUAAUACCAUCAUGUGAGGUAACCUUUAUAGGAAUGAAUAAUUUAGUAGAUAGUGUAUCACUUCUCACUUUGAAUUACAGAUGGAUCUAGGAAUAUUUAUUAACAAGAGUGGAUGUGAAUGUUUAAAUGAAAGUGAUGACCAUCACCUGUCAGAAGCUCUGACUAAGGGUCCAGGUUGUUUGGAAAGUGAUUGUGAUGAACAGGUACAAUAUUUUUGUAAGAGAUAGCACAGUGGAACCUUGACAUAACAAACGGCCAAGGGACUAGCAAAACAUGUUCACUAUAACAAGGUUUUGUUAUAUACCAAGGUUCUUUUUCAUAUAUUUUGCUAUUACUGGCGAAAAGAAAUCAUUCGUUGCACCAAGGACUUUGUUAUAUAGAGCUUUGUUAUAUCGAGGUUCCACUGUACUCAAAUUUGGAAUAUUGUAUUACAGUCAAGCAAGGUGAAGCAUAUCCCCCAAGUUUACAUUCAUUUUUGAUGAAUUUAUUAUUUGAAAGUUGAAUCCGUUAGUAGUUGAAUCUGUGCAUUUCAGCAUGUCUACAAUGCCAUGGGCAGAGAAUUUACAUGUAAGGUAGUUAUGUAAUUUCUACCAGCUUAGUUUUCUUGAAUUUGAUGUAAACGUCUUCAUUUGAAACAAUUUUUUUAUCCAUUCAAAGAUUUUUCAAUCACACCGAAUACUGAGAAGUUGUAACCAAAUAAUAUUCACUGCUCGUCACGCAUGCAGUAUUAUGCUGAUUCAAAUUUGGUACUGGUUGUGGCUCAAUGAAUUUCGGAUUCAUUUUUCAAAUAAUUAUUUCAUUAAUGAGAUCUAUGGGGGUAUGCUGGACCUGGCUGGACUGUAAUGAAAUUGUCUUCUGUUAAUCUUGGUUGUGCUCAGUGACAUAGAUUUCCUUCCGUCCCUGAAUAUGCUGAAGUCAUUACUUUGUUCCUUCACCCAUACACAAAAUGAUCCUGUAGAGUUACGGUUAUGAAGACAAUAUAAGACAAAUUUCAUCAGGGAGCACUAUCCAAAAUAAAUGUUUUGUUGAUUUUUGCAGGCAUGACAUUAAAACUUGAAAAAGUUUCAAUCCAUGUCCAUCCUUGUCAUCCGUAGCAAUAGACGACACGAAACAGUUUUAAUGCCUAGAUAUACUCUUAAAUAACAUUUUUUUAAAACUAGGCCAUUUUUUUUUAAUUCAAUAUGAUGCAAAGACUCAUGUUAGCUUUUCACUUUACUAAGCGUCAAACUUGCUACAUUUUGAAACUUGACAAACUUCAGGCGAAUAAUUACGUUUUCCUUUAUAUCUUCUAUCAACCUGUACAGAAUGAAACACAGUGUCACUUCCCUUUAAAUAUAGCCUGUUCCAGGCUCUCAGAUAGUGGGGAAGACGCAAAAGUAAAGGCACACAAAAAGUUGGCGGGGUGGGAAAAAAGGAAAAGGAACCGCCCCUCCUCUCCCCAGUUUCCUCCUGUUUUAUUUUGUUUAUGCGCUUUCUAAAUUCAGCGGGCCCGACUAUCUCGGAGCCUGGAACAGGCUACUUUAAAUAUUGCACCAAAAUCCUUAGCUUGUUGUCUUUUUGUUUCAGUUAUUGGUGUCAAUAGCAUUUAACCAGGUGGUGAAACUUCACUCCCUCAAGAUACAGGGACCUGAUGAUGGUGAGUUUUUCAGAUCAGAUCAUGGUUGAAUAGCAAGGUUUUUGUUUUCGGCUUGUGUUUAAACUAAGUACUUACAGGCUGUAUUUAUAUUUUUUUUUGUCUGAUAGGUAGAGGACCAAAGACAGUAAAACUUUUUACUAACCAAACAAAGACGAUGGAUUUUGAUUCUGCAGAAAGCUUUGAAGCCUUACAUAAAAUUGAGUAUGUCACUAUCUUUCCAUGAACAUUGGAAUUGUACGAUAACGUAUAAACAUUCAUUUUUCAAUUCCGUACAAGCAAUGUAGGUAACAACAAAGAAUAGGAUAAAUUAUUAUAAUCCAACUGUAUUUUCAGAGGUCUUGUUAGGGUAAAAUUCCGACAAUCGACAUGGCCUAGAAAAAUAACAUAGCUAAGGACAGAUGAAAUGUUGACAAUUAAUGACAUGAAGAUGGGUUGAAACUAUGACUGCAACAGGGAAAAUCACAAAUACAGUUGUACAGUACCGACUGCAACAUGGCCUUCUCUUCAAUAAGCGAAAUGACGGCAUUUGAAAUUCUGGGAAUGAGGUUGAUAAUAUAAUGGUCAACUCAUUUUCCAAGAGACAAACGCAUCCCUAAAACGAAGUUAAAGGGGUGGUCUCUGCCAUUCCUCACCUUUUUUUUAAUUUCUAUCAGACUAUUAUUUUGAUUAUUUGCCAUGCAAUAUGACUUGUAUAAAAGAGGUACACUGUGUUUCAUUCUGUACAGGUUGACACCAGAAGAUAUAAAAGAGGACGUAAUUGUUCCCCUGAAGUUUGUCAAGUUUCAAAAUGUUUCAAGUCUGACGGUUAGUAAAGUGCCAUGCAUUGUCAAGGCAGGUACAGUGAAACCUGUAUUAAGCGGACAGUAGCCAAAGUCCCCAAAUUUACUGUAUUUCCCUUUUUUUCUUCAAAUGAAACCUUUAUUAAGCGGACACCUCUAUUAAGGGGACCCGGACACCUAAAAAGUACCUGAAAUGGUCAUUUCAUUUCAUUAAAUGGACACUUGUAAUUAAAUUCUACCACCCAACAUGCCAGACACUGGAAAUGCGAAAGAUUGCCAGCCACAAAUUUUCCGAUUUUUACAUCAAAAAACGUGGCUUGACAAACUUGUUUGAUUAGUUUCACAGUACAGUAUUGUGUUCUAUUUCUUUUUGUUUGUAAAGAGCUUGUUUCACUCAUCUGAUUUCUUCAAAUUUGAGUUGCAAUGUAUGUUUAUGGUACUACGAUCAAUUGGUCCACUUUACCUCAGAAUAAAAAAUGGGAAGAUAAAAACUGUCCAGAACAAUACUUACGUAUGAAACUGGCGUGAAACUACUCAUUUUUUAGUUGAAGUAAUAUACAGUUUACAACAAUUAAGAAAAAAACUUGGUCGCGUGGUACAAAUCCACGUUUGUUGCCGUUUGGCGUAAACGUGGAUCUUUAUCUGUCUAUAUUGUUGUUUCGCCUUUCUCAACUUCAAAGUCUUGACUUACACAUAACAUGCCGUGUGAACAAGCUCAUUGUUACCAAGUAAAUUUUUUUUGCUUAUGUAUUCAGCUAUUUUUUCAAAAUAAUCAAGGAGGCGAAGAAACAACAGUGGUGGACUAUAUUGGGUUCAUUGGAAGUCCUCUCGACACAACGAAUAUGGACGAUUUUAAAAGGGUAAGAUUUCGUGACCUGCCUCAUACCCAGACGUCUCUCUUUUGAUGAAAUUGUGCGCGCAAAGGAAGGCGGGAAGGAGACAACGGGCGAGACGGCGCUUCGCCUGCCGUCUGUACCCUUCCCAUGGUCUCUUGCGGUUCAUCACCAGUUACUUGUUUCGCGCUCGCCUCUGCCAUGCGAAAAACGAAGCGCCUGAGGAGGAGGCUGUUUCAUGACAGUAAGCCAAUAAACCACGUCAGAAUUAAUUAUGAAGUUGCCUUCUCUCAUCAUACACUUCCUUUGCUUACUAACUUUAAACUGAAUGCUUGAUGAGUUGUAACUGUAUUAAAUAAUAUCGAUUCGGCACCAGGUUUUGGUGGAAAGUUGCAUUUCACUUUCUUCGAAUUAAUUUGAAUUAUCUUUUGUUUCUUUGCAUUGAUUAAAUGUUAAGAUUUUGAUGCAACCCAAUUUUAGCCCCCCCCCCCCCACUUCAAAAGAAGUGGAACAGCCUCUCUCCCCCUCACUUUAAAAACUGCUCCGCGGGCCCUAAGACUGCCAUACAGACUAUUCAUGACUAUUACACCUCAUUCAGAGUACACUGUAUGAGAUCAGCCGUGGUUUAUCUUCCUUUUUAGUUUAUCGUCCCGUCCUAAAUAAGACUUUCUCAAAGCCUGUUUCCGGUUUCUGCUGUUUACGUCGGUCGUCUCGCGUAUUCCUCGCUGCCUCUCUUUCUUGUGGCAAGUCUAGUCCUGAAUAAACUUUUUCUUUCUUAUGGGAGCCGAAAUUAGAGACCUUUAGAUUUGACGACGAGAUUUAACUAAAGGUUUUUUUCGCGUACGGGUUAUUCUCAAAAAGUAGACAAUCCCAGAAUUCAACCAGAAAGCUUCAUUGUAUGUUUUUAAACAGAAAAAUUAGUACGCUUAUUUUUGUUGGAAAAGAAGACCCUCUUCCGAUCGCAAAAUGAUAAAAUUUCUAACAUUUAAUUAGUUGUUUCCGCCGCAACGACUCACUAAAACGCGUAGUAGAAUGACGAUGGCUAUUACGUUUUCCCGCCAAAAUAACGCUGAUUCACGCGCGCGCACUACUCAUCAUUGAGAGAAUCUCGUCCUUGGAAUCAAAACGUCUCCAAUUUGCUGAAUCCAAAGAUUGUGACAUUUGUGCACAAGCAAUAAACUGGUUUAUGACCAUGGAAAAGUAAUCCCUUCACCUUCAGUAUCACUCUUACGCGGUUUUAUUAGUUUUUAGCAGAGGGUACCCUGGUUUUUAAGUGUUUUAUAACUGGGUUUUCGGAAUUUUUGUUAAAGAAAUACGUACGCCUGUACUCUUUGGCCGUAACUUUUCGAGGAAAUGUAUGGGAACGUGCGCAUGUGUGUUUAGCCCAUGCAGGUGGCCGCAUAUACUACGCAGCCUUAAUUAUGAGUCUGCCUUCUACAUUCUCUCACAGAAAAAAGGAAAAGAAACAGAAAAUCAUGUCUUGUUUAUAAUAUUUGUUUGUGUAUUCAUCAAUGUUAUCUUCUAGGUGGCUGGAAAGAAAGGCGACAGACAUUAAGACGUUGGAUUAAACUCCGCAGUUGGUUUUGACUUGGUGUCGACCUGAAAUUGCUCAAGAUUAGCCUACUUCAGACUUCCCUACUUUUAUAAUCAGCUGUUUCAUUUCGCACACAAGCUACCAGAUAGUAGUUCAGUGUAGCACACAAGUUUACAAUUCGAGCACUAAAGCGUGAACAGCAAAAAAAAAUGAGUACUUGGGGGAAAGAAUGCUUUUUAUAUUGAUACUACUGUGAACAAAAUUUAGAAGGACAUGCUGCUCUUUUAUUUUAAUAAAAAUGAAAAACCACAGGCAGCCCAAGCGCACUAUGUGUGGGUUCGGGCUUCAGAGGUCAUUUGGUCGGAAUAUACUAGAAUUAUUGGUGUAUUUUCUGAUGCCAAAUAAAUGCAAAAAUCUUAAAGAUAUGAAGUCGUCUUGUUUGUCUAUCUGUACUAGUAACCUUUAAGAUAACAGAGGUCGAUAUAUUUCUUGUAUUAUUACAUGUGAUUCGAGCCCUUCUUGUUCGAAUUUUAUCACAUGUAUUCGAAUCUACGACGCUAAGAAAAAAAAUCAUGAUCACGCGAAAAAUUGAUUCAAAAAGCUCCCUGACCUUUAGUUCACAGCCACUCUGUGUCCUACGGCCGGUUUAAACGCCGUUUAGCAUGUUUAGUCGACUUUCUUUCCAUCGAGUACUGAACACUAUACUUCUUUUAUAGUGUUCAACCUCGGCGUUCUUAUCAUACCACAGGGUGUCUAUUCAUCCUGACGCCCGAGCCCCGUUCUAGCUAUUCCCGGUAGCCUUUCGAAUCCGGCCACAUUUUAAGAUCAAAUCUAGCAGCUUUCAAGAAACGGGCCUUACGAAAGUGUCUUCAGACAUCUCGAAGGCAUCGCAGCCUAUUGUUAUGAACCCAGCGAGCAGAAGCUACUUUCCCGUGAGGUGAACUAGAGGGCGAAAUUAGCCUCGGCCGACAAAAGUCCCUGAAUGAAUAAAGCUUUAUUUAAUCUCGGGUUUGGUGAGGUUGGUUAGACUUCUAGCAAUGAUUAAAUGUGCUAAUAAGCCGAG